AUGCCGGGAUCUUCAAGAAAAGUUCGACGCUUAGAAAAAGAAGCAAUUUUACGUGCUAAAGACUAUGAGUAUACACGCGGAGAAUCCGAUCGUUUAUUAUCGAGUUUAAACAUAAAUUCUGAAGAUGAUGACACUGACCGACAUCGACGACAUAUAACGACACGACCAAUACGUCAAAUUCAAAAAGAACUAGAUUAUCCUGUUGAAACACUUGAUAAAAUAACUGAACGCAUACAGCAAGAAGUAAAAAAAAGACAAGGAGCAGCAGUAGCAUCAACAUCAACAUCAGCAAAUCGAAGUUAUCAAACAUCAUCAUCAUCAUCAUUUGCAAAUGAUCGAGCUAAAAGCGAUAAUGUAAUUACCGGAAAAUACUCAAGCAACAAACAGACGAACGCUAGCAAACCAUAUUGA